AUGACAUUAGCUUGUGAAGAAUUGAUGGCUCAAAUACAUGCUUAUCACAAAAGACACUUACUAUUUGAUAUUUCUUUCAGAGAUAAUGAAUCGCCACAACUUUGCUUUUUUCAAUUACUUAUCAUGCAGUGGUGUGUGAAAGAAAUUGGUCGAUGCUUGGCUGGUAUUAUGGAAAAUGCUGAACUUGACUUGCCUUACACAAACUCGAAAGUAUGCAAAAAUUAG